AUGGGGAGCACAACGCAUGCACUGCAGCAGCAGCAGCAGCAGCAGCAGCAGCAGCAGCAGCAGCAAAAGAAGAAAAAAGAGGAUAAUAAAAAUAAAAAAAACAAAAAAAAUAAAUAUGAGAAAGAACAGAAACAAGCGGCGGCGAUGCAGCCCCCUGAAAGCUGCGUAUACACCCCAGGGACCUUAGCAUCUCUUAUUGAAUCUGCUGCUGCUGCUGCAGCAGCAGCAGCAGCAGCAACAACAGCAGCAGCAGCAGCAGCAGCAGAAGGAUGCGAGGCGGCUUCUCAGAGUGGUGAUGAUAGCAGCAAACAAAAAAAACAAAAAAAACAAAAAAAACAAAAAACAGAAAAAAAAGAAAAAACAAAAAAUGAAGAAGACGAAAAGCUGCAGCAGCUUAGGGCACUCUUCGAUAGAAAACCCCAAACCAGCAGCAGCAGCAGCAGCAGCAGCAGCAGCAGCAGCAGCAGCAGCAGCGAUGCAGUAUGCCGGACGAAGCGACCUGCAGAGUCUUCCACCUCAACGGCUUCAGGGGUGAGCCCCGAAAAGCUGCAGCAGCUUAGAGCACUCUUCGAUAGAAAACCCCAAACCACCACCAGCAGCAGCAGCAGCAGCAGCAGCAGCAGCAGCAGCGAUGCAGUAUGUCGGACGAAGAGACCUGCAGAGUCUUCCACCUCAACGGCUUCAGGGGUGAACCCUGUCGCCGCUGCUGCUCUGUGUUGCUGCUGCAGCUGA